AUGAAUGGGAAUGAAACGGGACAAGGGAAAAGAAAUAUCGAUUGCAUCUGCGAAACAUUGUAUCAAGCAAAAGAUGGUGAUAAACUAUUAGAAUUAUUUCGGCCUGAUAUUCAUAAUAUUAUGUUUUAUCACGUUCGAUGUUCUAGUUCAGUUUUACGGGCUUAUUUGUAUACACUUUAUCAUAGUCAGCGAUAUGAGGAACUUUUUCAAGCGAUAUCGAUCAACACAUUCGAACAUAGAUUUUACGAGGAAUUACAAGAUUUAUGGUAUAAAGCUAGAUAUGCUGAAAAUGAACGACGCCGGCAAAAAGAAUUGGGCGCAGUUGAAAAGUAUAGAUUACGCAAAAAGCAUCCACCGCCAAGGUCAAUAUGGGACGGCCAAGAGACCAUUUAUAGUUUCAAGGAAAAUGCUCGAAAAGCACUGCGGCAAUAUUAUAAGCGAAAUAAAUAUCCUACAUUAGAAGAUAAGAAAGAAAUUGCAAAAAUCACUAAUUUAAAAAUUGUUCAGAUAUCAAAUUGGUUUAAAAAUAGACGGCAACGAGAUAAAGCUUCAAAUGAUCGGUAUACUUCAACUCAACUUCAAUUUGAUAAUACUAUUUUAUGA